GAAAAACAUUGCGAAAAUUCUCGAAAUAAAUUUAUAACUUUUGUCAUUAGAAAACACAAUAUAAACUUAAUUUAAUUAAGUUCUAGUGAUGUCUGUGAAGCACGAUUGGUAUCAAAACGAUGAAAAAGUCGUGGUGACUGUAUUAUUGAAGAAUGCAGUCGAAAAAGACUAUAAAUGUGAAAUUGAGGACGAAAAAGUUCAUUUGUCAGCUGAAAACUAUGAAUUAAUCCUCAAUUUACUAAAUCCUGUUGUUCCCGAAAAGUCCUCGCAUAAAGCAACACUUCAUAAAGUUGAAAUUACAUUAGCUAAACGUGAUUUCGGAAAAUGGGGAAUGUUGGAAAAGAAAAAGGAAGUGAUUAGCGAGCAGCAACAAAUUGCUGUAAAGAGUAAAAAGCCACAAGAUUGGGAUAAACUAGCCAAAGAAGUUGAAAAGACUGACGACACUGAGGGAGAUGCAGCAGUCAAUGCCUUAUUCAAAAAAAUCUAUGAAAGUGGAACCGAAGAACAACGCCGUGCAAUGAACAAGUCCUUCCAAGAAUCCGGUGGAACUGUUUUGAGCACUAAUUGGGAUGAAGUCAGAAAGGACAAAGUUGAAGUAAAGCCUCCCGAUGGCACUGAAUUCAAGCAGUUCUAAAGAUCCAGCGGCAAAGAAAUUACUAAUGCCAUCAAAUGUUUCCAUCGCUCUGUAUCUAUGUAAAUUUUUGUGGUGGUAUUGGAGAUUUUUGAAAAUUUAACCGUCAUAGCUGGACAGCUGCUUGCAAUCUUGGUACGAAUCUAAAAAUAAAUUAAGUCAGUGAUAUUUUUAAGAACAUUGAUUUUGGAAUUAUGAUAAAACUUCCAAAUCAGAAUUAACGCAAAUCAGUUUCUCUCCUUUUUCGUAAUAAUAAGAAGCUUUUUAUUAUGAAAAAUUGUUAGGUAAAAAGAAGAUACAGAAAUGAAAAAAAUCUAAAAGAUUGUUAUUAUCGGUUCCUUAAAAAUAAACAAGAUAAAGAAGAAUAACAGAAAAUUGACAGUUAAUUAAUUUA